UAUGGAGAACAAUAAUGAUGUUGAUUGUCUUCCACUGGAUGACGAGGAAAAUGGUUUAUCCCCUGCAAAGAAAUUUCCUAAUAAAUCUACUGGCCGAGAGAAGAAGGGGCAAGGAGUUCGUCAAAACUAUGUUAUUCGAGAGAUUAUCCCAGUGAAUGUAAAGCUUUUUUCAUUUUACCGUCAACAACAGAUUAUUCCAGAAUCAGAAUGGGACGAUUUUGUAGCUGCCUUAAGGAGAGAAUUGCCUGUAUCUUUCCGAAUUCAAUGCUCGCUUCGAGAAAGGGACCAUUUAGAUGAAUAUAUUCAAUCAAAAUUUGUUAAAGAAAUUGAAAAUAUAGCAAAGGAUUCGCCUGAAAUUGAUCCUCCAAAAAGAGUCCCUUUUGUGCCAUAUGCUUAUCAAACGAAAAUGUCUAGAGCAUCAAUUCGAGGGCACCCAAUUUUAAAAGAUUUGCAUGAAUUUCUUAUUAAUGAAACUGAAUUGGGCUAUAUAAGCCGUCAAGAAGUGUGUAGUAUGAUUCCACCUCUUUUUCUUGAUAUUAAACCACAUCAUUUGGUAUUAGAUGCAUGUGCUGCUCCAGGAAGUAAAACAGCACAAAUAAUUGAAUUAAUGCAUGUUUCGUCACCAAAUCCAAGUGGAAUGGUUGUUGCAAAUGAUAUUGAUUAUAAAAGAUGUUAUUUACUUGUCCAUCAAACAUUAAAAAGAAUGCCAACAGCUGGAAUUCAUCUUCACAAAUUACAAUUACAAAUUGCUCGUCGUUGUUUUGAACUUCUUAAACCUGGAGGUUUAAUGUGUUAUUCAACUUGUUCUUUAAAUCCUUUGGAGGAUGAAGCUGUAAUUGCUCAAUUAUUAAGACAUUUUAAUAAGGAAAUUGAAUUGGUAGAUAUUUCUGGAAAAAUUUUGGAUUUAAAAAGAACAAAAGGAAUUAGUCAUUGGAAGGUUUUUAACAAAAAUUUGGAAGAAUAUUCUUCCAUAGAAGACGUACCGAAAGAAGCUUUACGUCAUUUUAAGCCUUCAAUGUUUCCUCCUAAAAGUGAAGAAAUUGAAGCAAUGCAUUUGGAUUAUUGUUUUAGAAUUUUACCACAUCAACAAGAUACUGGAGGAUUUUUUGUUGCUAUUUUAAGACGGAAAGAGAUGGAUAAAUUAAAUGUAGACAAUAAUUGCACAGAUGAACAGCAGCAACAACUAUUGAAACUUAACCAGCCAACAACGCUUAUAAGAAAAUCAACAGUUACAAGAAAAAGAAGAGGUUUUGUUCAUAAAGAAGAUCCAUUUAUUUUUCUUGCCAACCAUAGUGAUGAAAAUGAAUUGAGAGAGGCAUUGAAGGAAUAUUUUGGCAUUUUACCAGAAAAUUUUUCUCAUCAAAAUUUACUUGUACGUUCAACAAAUACUGAAAGGAAAAAAGAAGUUUAUUAUGUGAAUGAUUCUCUAAAAGAAUUUUUAAUAAAUAAUGAUGGACGUUUCAAAAUUGUAAAUGCUGGAAUGGGAAUUUUAAAGAAAAUUAUCAAUGAUAAAGUAUCGCCUUGUCCUUACAGAAUUAAACAGGAUGGAUUGCCUAUUCUUAUACCUUGGAUUACUAAACGAAUUAUUGAUAUACCUACCUCACUUUUCAUUCGGAUUUUGCAUGGUGGUCAAACUAAUUUAAAAGAAAAAGAAACAUCACAAUAUUUACCUUUAAUUGAACUUGGAGAAGAGGAACAUUUUUUAUUUAAAGGUCUAGAACCAGGCACAAUAAUUCUCCGUCUUCUUGAACCUUUUCCAAAAGAAGUUUGUGCUUGGAUCGGUGCUAAUUCAAUAAGUGCUUUUGUUUCACGUGAAGAACGUUUUCAUUUAUUGUGCAUAUUGGGUGAAGAUAUUAUUAAAUUAAAAAGGAAAAAUGUCACAUGUCGACAGGAAAAAGCAGCAGCCAAAUUAAAUAAAGAAAAAGAUUUAAUAAAUGAUGUGGAGGUAAGUAAUGAGGUUUAA